CCAAAAAGUUACUUUAUGUGUGUCAUCUAUAUUUUUUUUCAACUUCAAUCCACCAUCUUUUUUUCAACUUCUAUCCACCAUUUUUUCUCAUUGUUCCAUCUCCCUCUCUCACACUUCUCUUUUCACUAUCACCAUUCAUUAUCCACACCAUCACUGCAGUAACCAAACAAUAAGUUAUCAUGCCCUAUAUGUAAGUUUGAUGCAAGACUAAGAUACUAGAAGACAUUUAAAUUGAAAGAUAGGUGUUUUUGCAGUGGUUAGGAUGGUUUAUGUGUCUUGGAAUUGGAUCAAGCUGCUUAAGUGUUAUGCGAUACGAUAGGUGAAAUAUUUAUCUGCAAUCGUGGUGUAGUAGAAUCAGCAUACAUUAGGACUUUAGCUGGUAUCUUGAGAUUUUUAUGGUUUGAUUAUUGAAGUAUACGGUCUGAUGUUAAUUGCCUUGAAGAAUUCCUAGCUAUUGUGGAAUUGAAAGCAUAAAGUGAUGGUCCUUAUUAAGUGAUUGAGGUUGGUGGUCUGCUAUGGAAUGCUUCAGCAUACUAGAAAUUGGUUUUCAAAUUACUCAUUUAGUGACAUUUUGGGAUUGACUUAGUACACUUGGAUACAAGGAUUUAGUACACUUGGAUACAAGGAUUCUGUUUAAAUUCCGAUACAAGGAUUCCGUUUAAAUUCCAACGUCGGCAGUUUCCUCUAUCAGUCUGUUUUUCUAUGACAAUCAACAAGAGUCAAGGACAAUCACUCAAAAAAGUUGGUGUGUACGUACCUCAACCCGUAUUCUCUCACGGUCAAGUUUAUGUUGCAAUAUCCAGAGUUACAUCAAGGAGUGGUCUGAAGAUUUUGAUGACUGCGAUAUGAAUAGAUCCAUCCAAAUCCUUGACCGACUAAAGUUACUGUGAAAUCGCUGUGGCACUUUGCGGCAGAAUCGCUUUCCUUUUCUCUGUGAGAUAACCAUGAAGAAGAGAAGAUAUUUAGAAUCGACCGUUUGAUAUUGCUGCUAUUAAACCGAACUGACACCGAUUCAGUUUUUGAUGUUUUAAUCGUUCUUGCAUGCUGCUGAAAAACGAUUGUUUGCAAUUGCUCUGUACGAUUGGGAAUUUGAGAAAACGAUCGCAAGUGAUACAAAAACGAUUUGAGAAACUGUGAUAGCUCUGCAAGGGUUUUUACGAUUGCUGCUGCCAAGUUUUUCUAAAUCGCUCGACUAGGUCAGAACUCUUUCACUCUCUCGCCUCGACAGACAGAAGAGAACUUCUCUUCUUCAGUUCUCACUCUCGCCUCUGGCCCGUACUGUUCAAUCUCUCUUUCUAUUUGGCUGCUAAACGACUCAACUCUCUGUUCUCACUCUCACUCACUUUAAACAUCAGUCCUGUCGUUGUCCUCCCUCAACUGCCGGCGAUCGUAGAAUGUCAAAUAACGACUUAAUAGUGCACAUCCCAGACGAGGAGCCACACGACCUUCACAAUCAACCUACUGUUAGUGUUUUUGCUUCAUCUAUCGAUCCAAAGCAUGCCAACCAAAUUGUUAGGCGUUUGAAUCAGAUAGCGCCGCUCGAAAAUCUUCGUCACGUCAAACGAAUUCAGAAGAAAGUUCUAGAAGGAGGACAAAUACAGCUAUCGGUGGUCUUGUGCCUGGCCUAUGAAGGCGGCGAUCAAUUGUAUGGUGUGCCGUCUCAUCUUCAAGAGCUGAUCAAUUCCUAUCAGUUGAGUCCUUUUAUUACAAAAGUCUGCAAAUAUGAAGCAACAUCGAAAGAAGAGUGGCAAGAGCAAUGCAAGUUUUGGCCAACAUCAUAUCAUCCAAGAACUUACAGCAUUGAGGGCAUUACUGGAUUUAGCAAGGAGGACUCACAAUCAGUUUUGAAGUUUAUGCAAUCUGCAGUAGAGUUGGCAACAUCUGAUGGCUUGGUAGUCAAUGCUGCAGUGAUAGUGGAUCCUUCAGCAAAGCAAAUAGUUUCAACUGCGCGUGAUCUGGUUUUUGCUUGGAACCCUUGCAAAGACGACAGCUGCUAUAGAAAACCAGAUUUAUUUAGUGCUCAAUCUAUUUCCAAUAGCUUGGAUCCCGAGAAACCCUUGCAUUUAAGUUCCUGCAAUCAUCUCAAACAAUCAUAUAGAAGUGUUGCUUGUCUAUAUCCUUGGCAAUGGGCUGAGCAGCAAUCACAUUCACAGAGUUCAUAUUAUUGCCAUCCUUUGCGGCAUGCUGCCAUUGUAGCUAUAGAAUCAUCUGCUGCCAGGGAUAGGCAUCUUUUUCCCAACAAUGAGGGCAGUAGAGAAAAAUAUUUGGAAUUGGAUCACGAAAGCCCUUCUACAAGCUCUCCUUUGAAGAGGCAAAAAACUGUUAAGGAUGAUAAAUUGAAUGGUCAUAGUCAAACUUCCAAUCACAUUGAGGACGGUGAUAAAUUAAAUAUUCAUAGUCAAACUUCCGAUCUGCUGUCUGCACGACCUUACUUAUGCACUGGUUAUGACAUAUAUCUUGCUUGGGAACCUUGCACAAUGUGUGCCAUGGCCCUUGUCCAUCAGAGAAUUAGGCGGAUAUUUUAUGCUUUUCCAAACCCUAAAACAGGUGCCCUUGGUAGUGUUCACAGAUUACAGGGAGAAAAGAGCUUAAACCAUCAUUAUGCUGUUUUCAGAGUUCUGAUACCUGAAGAAGCCCUCCAUAAAUGUCAUACGUGAGUUGCAGAAGCUGAAGAAACUGAUAUUUAACUAUUUAUUUUGUAGCAGAUAUAACCUUUUCAAAUUCUAGGGCGGAUUCUCAUUUGUAUAUCGGUUUUGAGACCAUUUUUUGUCGCUGUCAAGGAAAACAGGGUCACAUUGACACUUCUACUGUUGUACACCAAUAUGUAUUCGAAAUUUAAUUAUGUCUGACUAAUAGCCAUUCUAAUGUGAGAAGUAAUGUAAUUGCAUGACACUAAAUUUACUUAUAUGCUGUUCUCUUUCCCACCAAA